UCAACUAACGUUCUUACUUCUAACAAUUUUAGGUUCAUAAUAAAACCAUUGAAUUGAAAAGUCACAAAAGAAAUAUUGCUACAGGGCUAACUCUGUAAAUUUAUACUCUUUAAAGCUGGAGUCGCCUGAUGCUGAGUAUUAUUUCAUAUACAGAGCAAAAAGAACUACAAUGGCAACCGGCACUCUUAGCCAGUAUAUUCAGACGGUGGAGAGAAUGUUUAGACUUGGUGAAGGCAACGAGCUCGCGCGUCUUCUGUCCCUUAGGGAUGCGCAUGUUGUUAAUAGGAACCUUCGAUCCAGUGAUAUUGCUACAAUGGUGGAAGGCAACUGUGUAGCACCUCUUGAUGAGCUUAUUAUCUGCCAUUUGCUAUGCGUCAAGGCCAUCUGUGAAAAGGAAUUCCUGGAAGCUUACAGUCAUCAAAGUCAAUGUGUUGUAACUAUUGUAAAAAUUCUGCAAAACCAAAAGGAACAAAACUGGUGUCUUCCUUUAAUGUACACUGUGUGUUUGGAUUUAAGACUGGUUGCUCAAAAAGCUGAAACAGCCCAAAGCAAUGGUAAGAUUUUGGAAAAAGCUGCCGAGAGCUUGCUAUCCUGUUUCAGGGUAUGUGCAGCUGACAACAGAACAUCAGAUGAUGAUACAAAACGACUAGGCAUGUUGUAUCUCGUCAAUCAACUUCUAAAAGUUUAUUUCCGCAUUAAUAAACUACAUUUGUGUAAACCACUCAUAAGAGCAAUUGACUCUUCACCUCUUUGGUACCAGUUUCCAUUGGCACAGCAAAUUACAUACAGAUAUUUUGUAGGACGCAAAGCGAUGUUUGAUUCUGAUUACAGAAUGGCAGAUGAAUAUUUAUCUUUUGCUUUCCAAUUAUGUCAUCGAAAAAGUCAUAAGAAUAAAAGACUUAUAUUAACAUACCUAAUACCAGUUAAAAUGUUAUUAGGAUAUAUGCCAACUAGGGCUCUACUUCAGAAGUAUGAUCUCCUACAGUUCUGGGAUUUGACAUCUGUUGUAAAGAAUGGUGACUUGAGAGGCAUAGAUAGAAUAAUGGAGAUGCAUGAAAAUUUUUUCAUCAGUGCUGGUAUUUAUUUGAUUGUUGAGAAAUUAAAAAUAAUUGCAUACAGGAAUCUCUUCAGAAAAGUAUUUUUGGCUGAAAAUACACAUCAGAUUGAAAUAGCCAGUUUCCAAGCGGCAUUACAAAUAAGUGGGCAAGAGGAUGUGGACUCCGACGAAACACUAUGCAUUGUCGCCAAUUUGAUCUUUCUAGGUAUGAUCAAAGGUUAUAUGUCAUAUCAACACAAAAAAGUCGUUGUUAGCAAGCAAAAUGCAUUCCCGCCAUUACCGACUUUGUAAUUAUUGUGUCCAAUAAAUUUUAAAUUUAUUUUUUAAAUAUUUAUCAAGAUGUUUGUUCUUAAGAACCCAUUUCCAAUACCUUUUUGCAAUAGUAUUAAUUUGAAGUGGUUUUGUAAAUGAAACAUCAAUGACAUUAAAACUUUUUUAUUAAAUUUAUAAUAUAUUUCAAAGAAUAAUAUAAAUAUAAUAAAUUUUACGCCGAUUCCUUAGCAUCAAUCCUAACAAUGCUGAAUUAAGUCUUGCAAUAUAUUUUAGUUUCUAAUAGAUUUCUCUAAGUCUUAUUUAUUGUAGAUAUAGAUUUUCAAGUUAUAACUAUUAUUAAAUAGAUAAGAAUUUUAAGAUAGAAACAUACAUUGUGAUGUGCUUUGUGAUAUUGUUCUAAUAGUAAACAGCAAAUAAAUUCAACGGAGCAAUGAUAUGUCUGUAGCAUUACUUCUGAUAUGCACUUGCAACUGUUUCAAGUAAUACUCUUUAAAACAAGAUAUAUUAAAUAUUCAAUGCAGGUGGAAAUGUUAAUUCCAAUAUUCAUAAAACACACCAUAAUGUCCUAUGAUGAAGUAGAAAAAUAUGUAUUACGAGUUUCUGAGUAAAUAUUACAAUGUUUAUUUUCAUAGUAUUUAAUUUAUAAGUAAUCUAGCAUAAAUAACUUAUAUUAACAUUUAUCCUUUAAAGAUACUUACGGAUAAGCCACUUUGGUUUACAAAAAAGAAAACAUCUUUCAACAAAUAAUUGUGUUUUUUACAGUUAGUGAUGUGAAUUUCAUUUAAAUAGAUUAUCGAUUUUUCAAAGGUUUCGGUACCCAGUUAUGAAAUUGCUUAUCUGUAAAUAUCUUAUUUCUCAUUUUUUUACCGAUUCUUAUAAAAUGGUCUAAAAUUUUAGUAAUUAUGUAUGUAGAUUAUAAUUAUAUUUCAUCUACUAAAGUAAUAAAUGUCUAUUAAUCAUUAAAAAUGAAUAUGAGAAUGUAUCUCGAAUAUUGAUUACAUUAAAUCAAUAGAUGUAAAACGAAA